AAAAACUAGCAACAAAGAGAGAAAAACAUUAACAAGGCUACAAAGGAAUGAAAAUUAUUGUGUAAAGCCCCAAGAAGCAACAGAAAGCAUCAUCAUCAGCUCCAAAGAGGAAGAGGAGGAGUGAGGAGGAGGCUGGCGGCCGGGCGCUCUGCUGCCUCACACCUGUCAAAGUUUGGACGUUUUCUCGACUAUGAGGACGUGAGCACCGCGCCGCGAUGACGGAAGACAAGCCCCAGAAGAAGACGUCGGCCAGGAACCCCCCACGAGGUCAGCCUCCUGCGGGGGGCUCGGCAGUGGCAGCAACCGAUGGCAAGUCUGGAGAAGCAGGCUCGGGUGACUCAGCAGCAGCCCCAGGGAAGAACCGUCGGCUGGCUGGCAUCCGCUCGCGCAUCUCCAUUGAGGAACUGAGGAAUGUUUACAAGCGCCAGGCCUCGCAGACCCAGGAUGACGGCGCCGACCCCAUCUUUGACCCCAUGGCUAAGGCACAGGAGAGCCUGGGUGUGGUGCGAGGCAGGACGGGCGUGGUGUACAGCCGGGAGAUGGCCCGCCACCGCUGCCUCUGGGAUGACAACCACGCUGAGAAACCCGACAGGCUGCUCUCUGUGCUGGACAGGUGCGAGGAGCUGGGUCUGCUUGCCAAGUGUGAGCGCCUGGAGUGUCGGGCGGCCACCGAGGAGGAGGUGCUGCGACUCCACUCCCCGGCGCACCUCAGCCUCCUACAGACAACCUCCACCACCACCGACGCCGACAAGCUGGAGGACCUUGCCUCGCGCUUUGAUUCCAUAUACUUUCAUCCAGCCACAUAUGAGAGUGCCUUGCUAGCGGCGGGCGGCACACUGGACCUGGUGGACGCUGUGGCUGCUGGGAGACUUCAGAAUGGCUUUGCUAUUGUCAGACCGCCCGGCCACCACGCCAUGGAGAGUGAGUUCUGCGGCUACAGCUUCGUCAACAAUGUGGCGCUGGCUGCCCGACACGCCCUCAACACACACCGCCUCAGCCGCAUCCUCAUAGUGGACUGGGAUGUGCACCAUGGACAGGCCACACAACAGGCCUUCUACUCUGACCCAAGAGUGCUGUACUUCUCCAUCCACCGCUACGAGCACGGCAGCUUCUGGCCCAACCUGCGGGAGAGUAACUACGACUACAUCGGGCGGGGCGACGGCCGGGGGUUCAACUUCAACGUGCCGCUCAACACAACCGGCAUGACCAACCACGACUUCCUGGCCAUCCUUCACCAAGUGCUGCUCCCCGUGGCCUACGAGUUCAAUCCUGAAUUGGUGAUAGUGUCUGCUGGCUAUGAUGCUGCCCUGGGAUGUCCUGAGUUUGGUCCUGAAUUAGUUGUAGUGUCUGCUGGUUAUGACUCGGCAAUGGGGGAUGAAAAGGGUGAGAUGGAGGUGUCGCCAGGCCUGUAUGCCCACCUCACCUCCCAGCUGAUGACCCUGGCACGGGGCAAGGUGGCAGUGGUGCUGGAGGGUGGGUACUGCCUGCCCUCCCUGGCUGAGAGUGCCGCCCACACCCUCAGUGCCUUGUUGGGCCACCACUGCCCCCCCCUGAUGGACCCCAUACUGCAGCCUUCACCAAGCCUUCAGGAGACGCUGCUGAGCCUGGUGUACGUCCAGCGGGCACACUGGCGCUGCUUCCAGUACCAGGGGUCAUUCAGCCAGCAGGAGGUGAGGGGUGAGGCUGACCCCAAGACCUUCACCCCGAGCCUCUCCUUCCAAGGCCUUGUAGGUGUCCGGCCCUUACGCUUCCAGACCAGAGACACCGUGCAGCUCCUCACACCACAGACACAGCAGCUCAGGGAGAGGAUUGAUGAGAAACUGCUGAAGCUGAGGAAGGAAGAGGCCGUGGUGCUGAGUGAGGCGCCGGGGCUGUGUCUGGUGUAUGACGAGCAGAUGGAGCAACACCGCAGCCUUACAGAAGGGGAACAUCCAGAGCGUCCAGAGCGCAUCCAGCGGGUGUGGGAGAUGCUGGGGCGUGCCGGGGUACUGGGGCGAGGCAAGCAGCUGCAGUCUCGGGUGGCCCAGCGUGAGGAGGUGGAGCUCGUACACAGCAAGGAACACGUGGCCCUCAUGUUCAGCCUUGAGGCCCAGGGGGAGGAGGAGCUGCAGAUCCUUCAGGAGAACUACAAGUCUGUCUACCUCCACCCCACCACCAACGCCUGUGCCCUGCUCUCAGCCGGCUCGCUGCUUCAGGUUGUGGACGAGGUGUUUGCAGGGCGAGCCAGGGCUGGCGUGGGCAUCGUCCGUCCCCCCGGCCACCACGCUGAGCCGGACCGCCCCCACGGCUUCUGCUUCUACAACAAUGUGGCCGUCGCCGCCAGCUACGCCGUCAACAAACUGGGAUGCCAAAGGGUGCUGGUGGUGGACUGGGAUGUGCACCACGGCAAUGGCAUCCAGCACGCGUUUGAGGCCGAGCCGAGGGUGCUGUACGUGUCCCUCCACCGCUACGACCACGGCCUCUUCUUCCCAUCCUCUGAAGACGCAAACUACGACCGAGUGGGGACGGGACCUGGUGAAGGGUACAACAUUAACAUUCCCUGGAACAAGAGUGGCAUGGGUGACGCAGAGUACCUAGCGGCCUUCACUCAGGUGGUGCUGCCCGUGGCCUACCAGUUUAACCCACAGCUGGUCCUGGUUGCUGCCGGCUUUGAUGCAGGGCGCGGGGACCCACUCGGAGGUUGCCGUGUGAGUCCUGAGUGCUUUGGCCACAUGACGGCCCUCCUGUCUGGCCUGGCAGAGGGCCGCGUUAUACUGGCACUGGAGGGCGGCUACAACCUCACCACCAUCAGCUACUGCAUGACGCUGUGUGCCAAGGCCUUGUUGGGGGAUCCGCUGCCCCCCCUUGAGCCCCAGCUGGUGCCCAACAAGAGUGCUGUGCAGACCAUCAAUGACGUCAUCCGCACCCACAGCCACUACUGGCCGGCGCUCUGCUUCCAGGUGGACCUUCCCCUGCAAGAUGUGCUGCAGCAGGGCUUUGGGGGAGGCCCUCAAGUGGUGGACUCUGGUGUGUCGGGCUCCGAGGGCUCUGCCACUGCCUCCCCUACCUCCCCGCCCUCCACAGCCAAGUCCUCCCCCACCUCCUCCCCCUCCACCACCGCCACCACCUCCCCCUAUGUGUCAGCGCCCUCCUCCCCUGCCAAGCCCGUGGCCAUGGAGUGUGAGGUGCAGGCCGGGGCCGGGGCCGGCCAGGAGCAGGGGGCCAGCGACAGCAAGGAUGAGGUGUUCACCACCCCCACCGGGGCACGGCCACGAACACAGUGCCUGGAGACUCCCCCCAGCAGGUCCCCCCGGCGGGCACAGCGAGGCUCGGGACGCCAGGACAGGAGCUCCUCCAAGCGCCAGGGCAGGGUGGCCGAGGCCAUGCAGGCGGCGGCGGCCACCCGGGACGUGGUCAAGGGUCCCACUGGCGUGUGCUGCGGUGCAAGGGAGGAGGGUGGCCCUGUCCAAGCUGUGGUGGAGCACUGCAGGACCCUGGGGCUGUGGCAGGCAUGCACCAUGGUUGAGGGCAGGAUGGAGGAUGGCCUGUCACUGGUGGCCAGCUGUGUGGGCAGGCUGGUACAGGAGGUGGUGCAGGGCAAGAUACAGAAUGGCCUGACAGUGGUGGAGAGCCAGUGUGGCCAGGACAGUGGUGGUGUUGGCCGGGCAGUGUACUCAGCGCUGGGGGCCGGCCAGGCCACGGGCCGGGUGUUGCUGGUGGACUGUUGUGGGCGGCCGGGGUCCUGGCUGCAGCACACACCCAAAGAUGACCCCCAGCUGCUGGUGAUGUCCCUGCAGUGGCAGCAGCACAGUGCCCCAGCCAUCACAGGGGCAGGCAGCAAUGUGCUGAGCUGUGUGGUGCCUCCUGACACGGCUGGCUGCUGCACGCUGGCCCACCAGGUGCUGCUGCCGGUGGCCUACGAGUUCAUGCCGCGCGUGGUGGUGGUGGCGGUGGGCCAGGAGUGGACCACACACACCCAGCCUGCCCUGCUGGCCCAGCUGGCAGCCCUGUUCAUGCCCGUGGCCCGGGGCUGCCUGCUGGUGGCUCUGGAGGCUGGGCACCAAGGCAUCCAGGCAACAGGAGCAGCAGGGGCAGCUAUCCUGGGCACGCUGCUGCAUGGCACCGCGGCCCUGACAGUGCCAGCAGUGUCCAUGACUCCCAGCCCAGAGGUGUGCCAGGUUGUGCUGGGGGUGAUCAAGACACACCAGGCAUGCUGGAACAGCCUCAGGCACCACGCGUUGGCCUCCCUCGUCCCCGCCGUGACGGGCCACCAAGAAACACCGCCACCAUCGCCGCCCUCCAAGCUCACCAGCACACCAGAGGCUGCACCCACACCCCUGCUCAAAGGGUUGAAGAGGGAGGGACCAGGUGUGUGUCUGGUGUACAGCGAGGCCAUGAAGGAGCACACCAGCUACUCCGACCCAGCACAUCCGGAGAACCCCAACAGGAUCAGCCGCAUCUAUGAACAGCUGUCACACUUUGACAUUGUGGAGCGCUGCCACAUCCUCAAGGCACGAGAGGCCAGCACUGAGGAGCUGGAGCGCACCCACUCCCCCCGUCACAUCAGGUUCAUGUUUGGGCUGCAGGCCAUGAAGCCAUCAGAGCUGCACCGCCUCGAGAACUCCUUCGAGUCCGUCUACCUGCACAGCCGCACCAACCACGCUGCACUCCUGGCUGCCGGAUCCCUGGUGGAGGCUGUGGACUGUGUGGUGUCCGGCCAGAGUCAGCAUGGCCUAGCGGUGGUGAGGCCGCCCGGACACCAUGCUGAGAGAAACAGUCCCUGUGGCUUCUGUUUCUACAACAGCGUGGCAGUGGCGGCCCAGCAUGCUGUAGCUGCCCACCACAUGGAAAGGGUGUUGGUGCUGGACUGGGACGUGCACCACGGCAAUGGCACGCAGCACAUCUUUGAGGCCGAUCCACGGGUGCUCUACAUCUCCAUCCACCGCUACGACCACGGCAAGUUCUUCCCAGGGAGCCGCGACGCAAACUUCAACCACGUGGGGAUCAAGAAAGGGAAGGGAUUCAACAUAAACAUUCCCUGGAACAAAGGAGGGAUGGGUGACGCAGAGUACCUGGCUGCCUUCCUGCAAGUGGUCCUCCCCGUGGCCACAGAGUUCAACCCACAGCUGGUCUUGGUCUCGGCGGGGUUUGAUGCUGCUGUUGGUGAUCCCCUUGGUGGGUGCAGCGUGACCCCUGAGUGUUACGGGCACAUGACCAAGUUCCUGACCAGUGUGGGGGCAGGCCGGGUCAUUGUGGCACUGGAGGGCGGCUACAACUUGACCUCCAUCAGCUACUGCAUGACCAUGUGUGCCAAGGCCCUGUUGGGUGACCCUGUUCCCCCCCUGCCUGGCUGUCUGCACCCCUGCCAGAGUGCCGUGGACAGCCUCACCAGCGUGGUCACUACUCACAGCAAAUUUUGGUCAGCUCUCAACUACAAGGGUGAAGCCUCAAGGCCGGGCAGAAGACAAGGGACGCCCACAUCCACACCCACCAGCACUCCUCAAGCUGUGGACGAGUUGGCCGCCUCUCUGAGCCAAGUGAGUCUGGGCGAGGCCACUCCCACCAAGGCCCAAGUGGAAGUACCUGCCACAGAGGAAAUGGAGGGAGCCUGCGGAGGCUCCAACACCCUCCUAGUGUCCGGAUGUAUAGGAGCUGAGCUGUAUGCCGUGGUGCCAGUUUCAUGGUGUCCCCAUCUGGAGGAGGUGCAACCAGUGCCUGAGGGCGGCCUCAAUACCUCCAGCCCCUGCGAGGAGUGCCAAGAUGUCUCAGAAAACUGGUGUUGCCUCACGUGCUACAAGGUGUUGUGUGGGAGGUUUGUGGCAGAACACAUGCUGAUGCACGGCGUGUGUGAGCAACACCACAUGGUCCUCAGCUUCAGCGACCUGUCCAGCUGGUGCUACGCCUGCGAUGUCUACGUCCACAACCCAAUUCUGUUUGAGGCCAAGAGAGCCGCCCACCUGGACAAGUUUGGUGAAGAGCCACCCGGUGAAGCGUGAGAGCAAAGCCACCACCACUGCCUCUGUCCCCCGCCAGCACUGUGCCACUGCCAGUCCUGCGCAGCGCCCACCCGGCUGUGAGCAGCUAGCGUUUACACAUCACAGUUCUGAUUGGUGGCUUUAGUCUUUUCAGUUUCUUGUGAUACAAUACCAAAGUGUUACUUCGGACUUGCUUCAAAUGUAACUAGAACAGUUAUUUUUUCAUGCCAGGCACUGCUUCUGCAUUAGUGUAUCCAAGAAAGGCUUCGGACUAGAUUGCUCAUUGAUCAUGCAUCUCAGGUUGAUUUUACUUAAUAUCUUAUUCUCAGCGACAUACCAAAUAAGCGGACGGUACAAGUUGGUCUUUGCACACUUAUUUUAUCAGUUUUAUAAGUGACGAAACAUUACACAAUAUAGGUUGAGAAGGAAUGCAUUGGCUCACUGAUUAUUUUAUUUCUUUUAAUUUAUAUGCUUUUUUUGUUGCGACGCAUGUGCGGAAGACAUGAGUGUGUGGACAAGAUGCCAAGAGGAUCACGAUUGUAGUUUUUAGAGCAGGUAACAAGCACGGCUUCCUUCAGCUCAUCUGUGAUGUUACUGUUUGACCCGUAAGUACUGCAUGGUCAGAAUAACAGGCAAACACAUUUUAAUAUACUUUUUGCCUCUUAGCAGCAGCCAGUAACUGUCACCAGUAGAGUGGACUUACAGGUCCUUAGGGGUGCACUCACAAGUUUUCAGCUGUUAACAUUUUGCAUCAUUUGUUCAAACGUAGACUAACACAUUUUAUGAGAUGUAGAGGUCUGAAAAAUUGCUGCAAGUGUGGUAUUCCAGACACAAGUUCUCAUACUUUUCAGAAACCACAAUUGAUGACUGUCUAGGAUUUCUCGUCAUGACUAAUGCUCACUAGUGUUUCAUUCUGUAGCUUCUUCAUUAGACAGAAAGUGCACAUUUAGUCCCUGCCUGCUGAAGCACAGAGAUUACAUGAGUAGGAGCAUAUCCUGGAGGAGCAUGUAUAUAGGAGGGUUGAGUCAGGAUCCUGGCCAGUGAUGGGGCUUGUGGACAGUCAAAGCCACCCUUCUCUAAUAGACAGUCAGGAGCUGCCCUUCUCCUGUUGUCCAGUCCGUGAAUGAAUUCCCAGCUACAUUUAUGAGUUACAGAAUUCAGGCUGUGGUGCUUCAAGUGAAACUUUAGAAUACUUGACAGCCAGUGAGUGUUGGAGUUUUAACUUUUAAGUUGUAUUUCAUGGGUUGAGACGUCCAGCAGCCAUACCUGCCCUUGUUGUCUGUCUGAUAUUGUCUUGUCACUCAAGGUGGAUGGUUUUAGCUGGGCAGAAACUGAUCCUUUGUUGGGGAAUUCAAACCUCAGGAACACAAGGCUUUAAGUUUUUUUUUUUUUUUUUUUUUUUUUUUUUUAACUUAUGUUGCUCUGAGCUCAUUUUCCUCUUUUACUUUUCUUCCUAAAGUGAAAGGAAGGUAUAUUUUUUAAACUGCUGUUUGGGUAUUUUCAAGUGUGGUUUGGAAUGUGUCUUAACACUAGGAAGUGUGGGUGUGUUUGGUGAAGGACUGGUGGUGGUGGUGGUGGUGUUCAUGUUCCCGCUAGACUGUGAUGGUGUUGCCUUGAAGACGGCCUGUAAGCUCAGCUUGGAAGGUCUUGCGACGUCUUCAACAAAAUGUAACAAGAAAUUUAGUUUUGUGGUGAUCAGAAUUAAUUAACCUUUACAGUAGUGUAGCAGCAAUAAUACUAAUGAAUAACUAGUUCAUUUGGGGGUGAAAUUUUAUUUACUGAGGCAUGCGGACACUGGCAGGUGUCUUUCACAUAAAUUAUGGACAUUGUUUUAUUUCUACUUAUAGUAACUUUACAUUAUAAACAACUAAUGCAAUUCUCUUAUGUUUAAUGUGGUUUUAUGUGGCAGAGUGUCAUGAAUACAGUGGAGUGUUGAGUCUCACAACACUUAAGACUAACACAUGGCCGCCUUGCUUCCUGCAGUGCCUCAGUUUCCCGCACACAUUCCUCCACUGCCCAACCGAGAGAGCCCGGGUUCAAUUCCCCGGCGGAGUGGAAAAAAAUGGGCGGCUUUUCCGAUACCCUACACCCAUGUCCACCCAGCAGUGAAUGGGUACCAGGUAUUAAUCAGGGGUUGUGUCCCAUCUCCUGGGAUCUGUUCCCUCCUCCUAUAAUUCCUUUCCCCUCUUGUCUCUCUCCGGCAUAUGACCACAGAUGUUGCGUCGACUAAACAAAAUUUUCCAACUUUCCUCCACUGCCCACUCUCUUGUUCCUUCCUCCACACUAAUCUGUAGUAAAAAAGUUCACACACUAAGAACAGUAAUGUUGUUGAUCUUGAUAUCAGAGAGAAAGCACUACUGUCAGAGAACAGUAGAAGAGAAAAAAAGCUUACACCAUAAAUAUAUAUAUUCAUGUAAAAGUCAACCCCGUCCAAGGCUGUGCUAUGUGUGGGUGAGGAAUAAGAUAAAGUCCCCAGAAAAGUAUUGACCUUUUAAAGUUGACCUCCAAAACUUGGCCUUAAAAGUAGUUUAUAAAUUUUGACUUUUGCAUGAGCAUAUACUGUCAACAGGAAAGCAAAGACAGGGCAGUUUUAUGUUGAUUUUUUCUCUCCUGCUGUAAUGGUAGGCAGCAUGUAGGGACCAGCCUUCACUGAUGGCCAUUUUAGGCAACAGCAGCUCCACAGUUAUCGUCUUUGUAUCACAGUCAGACCCUGCACAUAUUUAUUAUUUUAUUGUAUUAGUUUAGUGUGGAGUAUUUCACUAGACAGUCACUCCAUACCUCCAUUAUCUCCUCAUUCCCUCUCACAAGCACCAUAUCUGUCCUCUUCAUGCUACAAAUGUCAUUCUUUUCUCCCCCAUUUCUCUUUUAACUUCUUUCCAGAAAAGUUUUUUGUUCUGGUAUUUUGCUGAAAUUUUCCCACCCAGAUCCUCAUCCACUCUCUCUUUACUUUUCCUAACCAAUCUCUUUACCAACAUCUUACUCUCCUAUCUCUCCUCUUCUGAUUAUAUGAAUGGCCACAUACAUCUAUAGUGUAUGCUCCCCUUAUAGAUAGAUGAGCCUGUGCUGGAAAUGGGUCAUUGAUAGUAACUAUUUCACAGCCCAAACUCAUCAGUCUUCUGUGCAGUCAUAAAAAUAUUAAAGAAUCUCCCUGAGCCAGACAACUAAAACCAUAAUAGCUGUCAGGGUUACAAGAAACUGCUGCCAUCCUUGUUUACUUUUCACAACUUCCUUAUCCCAUGUUUUUAAUGUAGGGCUUUGGUGCAAGACUCCACUUUAAAUGUAUUACUUGAAAAUUCAUCCACCCUUAUGGAAGCUUCUCUUUGCAUUAUGUCUGCACUUGUUUCCUGCUGUCCAAGAAAUGUUAUAUGCCUAUUAUGUUUUCCUUCAUCAAAGAUAUAAGGAUUUUAUUAUCCUUCUGACAUCCUGUAAGUAUUGUUGCACUCUCAAGACAGGUUUAAGAGGUAAUAUAUUUUUUCAGAAAAGGAUUGCUUUUAUAACAUUUCUUCGCCAUUUAAAAUACCAUUACUCAACAACCUUCGUCUUGGAGAAUGGAACAGCAUUUGAAGGAAAGAUAAUUCAGUGUUUCCUUGAUGCUGGGAGAUGUAUUAGGCACAUAACAAUUCUUAAGAGAGCAGAAACAAACAGAGACAAAUUGCAGUCAUGAGGGGGGGUAUGGGCAUUGCAUUCUGCACUCUACAAAGGCUUUAAGAAUAACACUUUAGCAGCGAAGUUGAGGCUCAAGGCAGCCAUCAAGUACAAGACUCCACUGUUACAUGACUGCCACUGAAUGUGUAUAGCUUUUUAAGGCAAGAUGUGUGCCAUGCAUUGAGAUGUGCUGAGGAGUGUCUCAACUAUAAGUAAGAAGUGUGGGCACACAAACAGUGCAGAGGGGACACAGGUCUAAGAAUGGGGCUUACUGAAUGAGCUUGUUAAUUUCAUUCAUGGCAAUUAUUUGACUUGACACUGAAAUUUUGUAUUAGAAGCCAGUACAUCAGUCAGACUUUGUCAUUGUAUUAGUUACCAGCUUCAUCAUAUCAACAUAGAAGGUUUUAGUACAAUGCAAUGCAGAAAUUCUCCCCAAAUUUUGUCUUAAUCCUGUUUUUGUCUUGAUCCUGUCCCUUCAACUCUGCCCGUGUGAAAAAUAGAAGUGUUAUUUUACCGACUAUACAGAUUUAUUGGCACAUAUAAAUAAGCAAUGCUGAUUUUAUUAUUUAUAUUUAUUUUUUAAAUUAACUUGGUAUUCUAUUAAGUUGCCUGUAUGGAAUAUACAUAAAGUAUGACGUGCAAUAUGUGAAUUCAUAUAUGUAUAUGUAUGUAUGGGACUACUUUAUGUGUGUGUGUGUGUGUGUGUGUGAGAGAGAGAGAGAGCUAAUGUGCAUUUUUAAGGCCUUAUUCCCUUUGGGCAUUUCCCUUAAGUGUUAGAUAUUCAACACACCUGCCUUCUGACCCUUACCUUCUCCUUACUUCCAACUCUUAUUCCUCUUUCAAGACACUCCCAUUUGGUCCUUACUAACACUCUCUCACACUGGCCACUCCCUCCCUCCCUCCCACCCCUGCCUAACUGUUACUGAGGCUUUUUCUUUUGAUAAGUUAUCUUUGCUAACUUUUCAAUGGGAUAUAAUCUAGGGGAGCUGAUCUUCCCACAGAUAUUCACCAGAAUGUGAUGACAUGUGAUAAGUUGUGUUCAGUACACACCCUUGCAAGUAAUGCCAGUCUGCCCCUGCUCUCUCAAGUUAUCAGAAGUUAUUAUAUUAUUAAAUUGAGUAUGUAUUUUCAUCAGAAUUAAGCACAAUUGAAUAAAAUCAAUAGUAAUUAAGGUGUCAGUUUUACAGUUUACCGAGUCUGGCCACUUGUAUCCCAAGUAGGAGUGUUUAGGAGGUCUAUGAUGGCAUUGAGGAACACUUGUGAAGAUUUGCACGUAAGAAAUGCCACAAUAAAUAAAUAAAAAACUAUGCUAUAAGACAUGAAGUUUUGAGUUUGUUGUAUUGCUAAGUUCAUAUUUACCACACUUACAAAAUGUACAUAAGUGUUUUGGCUUGAGAAAUGUUGAGAGUAAAUUAGUGGGUAAGUUUGCUUCUCAGGUCAUCAGUUUUUAUUGUAUCUAGACUGACGUGCCAAAAACAAACCUUUCCCUUCUGAUUACAGUCAAGCUUUACUCAAGCCAAUGUGCUCUUGGAUAUUACUAUAUAGAAAAAAACAUGAGCUGUGUUUUAGGUACAUUAUAUUUGAGGCGUGCCGCGCCAGAACCUCGUAACCGAAAAAUCGUAGUUUUGAGAAAAUCGCGCAUAAAGUUAAACACUGACAAUGCACCUAAGAAUGGUCAGAAUAUGUAAUAACUAUACAUCAAAUGAAAGGUUUUGAAGAGUUCUGUUUUGUUAAUUAGGUUCUGAUAGGAAAUCGGAAAAUUUUUGGUUUAUUGAAAUAAAUUAAUGAAACCCCUACUCAGUGGCGGAAAAAAAAAAAUUUGCUGGAAUUUUUUUACAAUUUUAUUAUAAAAGUACUUGUUUUUAUUAGGAAUAUGUGAAGGUUUCAUGAUGAUAGCUGUGAAAAUGAAAAUGUUAUGAUUUUUUUACCGAGCGAAAUUUUUUUUUUAAUCCGUACCGGAACUUUAAUACUCCUAUCCAUUACAUUGACUUCCUCCUAUGUUCAAAAUUAUUAAGUACGUGUUGUAAAAUGGAAUAUGUGAAGAUUUCAUGAUGAUAGCUGGCUCAUCCUACACGUGCGUCUUGGUUACGUGGUUUUGCCCCACGCCUCAGGGAGUUAGUCGCGACUUUUUUUUGCGUGUCGAGACCAGACUAACUGUCUUAGCACCCUGUUUUAGGUGGCUGGAAGGUCGGAUUUCCUCUGUCCGACCACGGUAUAUGACAAUUCCACCUCUCUGCUCUCUGGGGCAGCCAUUAUCUCAAUUUCUCAAAUUUCAGGGUUACGAGGUUCUGGCGCGGCACGCCUCAUUUAACCCUUUCGAUGCUAAAUACUUGCAGCGAGGACUAGCCUAACUUGCCGGUGGUGCUACAUCCUCGCUGUGAGUGACAGUCGCACUCAAAUUUCCUGCGUAUGAGAGUGUGUCAACACUAUUUCUCACCCCAUAGCAUUGCCAAUUCAGUGGGUUUUCUACUAAAUUUGGUGGAAAAUCAUAUUAGCCUAGCGCGGAAAAUCUACGGACGAGUAACUGGUGAAUGUUGUUGUCCAAUAUUGCGUCAUUUCUGCAUAGCUUCACCUAUCUCCUGACUGAUCUUUUGCCCAAAUAGUUGUAAAUUUAUUAGUUGGCAAUACUACUCUACCAAUACCCCAUCAAGAGAUCUACUCAGUAGUUGCCUCAAUAUGGCUGACCGUCGCGCAUGCACGAAUGUACGUCUUCACAGGCAGCACCCCACAAACGUGCCUGUACGUUCGCAGGAGAGGCUAACAUAACCGAAUCUUAUAGGUCUUGGCCUCCUCUUUCCAAUGUUUUUUUGUUUUUUAGCUCUUAUGAAUAGUUUUUGAGAUACAGCGGUUAAAAGAGCGAGUACUAGCAUCAUUUGCUGAACGUGCCUGUACAUUCGCAGGAGACUUACAUAACCAAAUCUUAUAGAUCUUGGCCUCCUCUUUCCAAUGGUGUUUUUGUUUUUAGCUGUGAUGAAUAGUUUUUGAGAUACAGAGGUUAAAAGAGCGAGCUCUAGCGUGGUGGUGCUAAAAGUUCGCUGCAAGCGCCAGUGACACUCACAGGCAACACCCCCUCAAUGUGCCUAUACGUUCACAAAAGAGGCUUACAUAACCGAAUCUUAUAAAUCAUGGCCGCCUCUUUUUUUUUUUUUUUUUUUUUUUUUUUGAUGAAUAGUUUUCAAGAUACAGCAGUUAAGAAGAGACCCCCCUCCCCCUGCUGGGCUGCCCGAGUGCGCCUGGGGGAAUAGCCUCGCUGAGAGCGAUUAGCAAUGAAAGGGUUAAUACAUAGCAGUUUGUCUACAAGUGUUCCUCAAUGCCUAUCUCCAAGAAGACUUCUGCUUGGGACGAGCGACCUGCCAUGGCAGACCUGUAACAUGAACACCUUGGUGAUAAUAAUGGGCUGUUCACCUGUCACUACCAAGGCACUCCUGUAUUAACUUACUAUCCCUCAGUGUAGAAAGCCUCAUAUACAAACCAUAAUAAGAGGAGUCUUGAAUGAGGGUGCCAUUGAUCAGUGCCUUAGCUAAUGUGUUGUUGAUCUGCACCUAAAGUUCCCCUUCACUAACACACAUAAUCUACUAACAAAGUUCAUUGUGUGAAGGGAAGGAUGGACCAGGCCACCCUCCCAGGGUUGCUGCUGGAAUGGUUGUCUCAGUAACUCCCAACCUGUUGUGGCUGUAACCCUGAAUUUUCCCUACAUAACACAUGUAAGAAAAUAAGGCAGCUUUAACUUUGUGUAAAUUGCUAGAUAUAAUGAUUUUAAUCCAUAACCACAAGCCAAGAAUACAAAUUAAUAUAUAGUAAUACACAUUUAUUAUUUAUGACUGAUAGGUACUAUGAGUAUUUACAAAAUUGUGUGAGGGCCUUCCCACCCCCAUGACUCAUUUGGCUCACAACUUGAGGCAUGGAACUGCUGGUCUGUUUGAAGCCUGCACCUCAAGCCUAGACUAAUAUUGUAACAGUUUAGUGUAUUGGCUGUUGGUAUGAAGAACAUUAAGGCCUUAUGAAUUACUUCUCAAAGAAGUUAAUAGUUUAAACAAAAGCGGCAAAUAUAAUGAAAUAGUCCAAGGUUUUGAUGUAAUGGGUUAACCAACAUUGAGACGCUUCCAGAAAAUGAGGCCAAGCAUAUUGGAUAUGCAUGGCCUCAUUAUUAAAAUCCUUUCUCAGGAGUAAGAAAUCAUUGAAUAUUAAUAUUUUUCUAUAUUCCUUUAUGCUUUACCUACUAACAGCCAACUAACUACACUAUUACAGUACUGUUUAGACUCCAGGUGCAAGAUUCACAUAUAUGGAGCACAAUACUGUUGGUUAUUUUACAUGCAACAGCUGCUGCAAUUUUAUUGGUUAUAAUAAUGUACCCAUCCAUAAGACACACACGUGGAGCUCCAUAGUGCAGUGGUUAGCACCCUCGCCUCACAACUGAAAGGUGCCGGGUUCAAUUCCCAGGUAGAGUGGAGACAGAUGGGUCAUCUUUCAUCCGUGCCCUUGCCCUACCAGCAGUGAAUGGGUACUGGGUGUCACUGACAGAGGGCUGUCCCCCACCUCCUGGGUAUGUGUGAGUGUGAUGCGAGUCUCAACCGUACCCAAAGAUCCGUCACUAUGCAGCUCCAAGCUCUUUCGGGGAGGGUACUGGCUGACGAUAAGAGUCCAGUGCAUGAUCAGACCAUAGUGAAUGACAUACACAUUCUCUCUCUCUCUCCACCUCUUCCUAUAUGUGUAAGAAAAGUCUUAAUUGCUCAUUCACCCUCUCUGUCCUCCCCUCAGUGAUUGGAUGGGAUUAUCCACGUGAGGUGGAGAGGAGAGGGUCUAGCCGAGGCCGUCUCCAUCUAAUGGCCUGGGGGUUUCAAGCCAUGAUGAUGUUACAGUUGGAGGUGGUCACUAUGUAGUCCACAGUGUUUGCUAAAGAUGGUGUGAGGAGUUACACCAAUCUGUUGUGCUUACUUUCAUCUUAAUUUGUUUCCUGUUUGGUGUCAUUGAAGGGGACAUACAAAAAUAAUAAUGAUGAAGUCUUGACAGAGUGGUAGGACUCCUCUCUACGUAGUCCACGCUCAGUUUGCUAAAGAUGGUGUGAGGAGUUGCACCAAUCUGUUGUGCUUACUUUCAUCUUAAUUUGUUUCCUGUUUGGUGUCAUUGAAGGGGACAUACAAAAAUAAUAAUGAUGAAGUCUUGACAGAGUGGUAGGACUCCUUCCCUCUACGUAGUCCACGCUCAGUUUGCUAAAGAUGGUGUGAGGAGUUGCACCAAUCUGUUGUGCUCACAUUCAUAUAAAUUUUUGUUUCCUGUUUGAUGUCAUUGAAGGAGAGACAUACAAUAAUACUAAUGAUGAAAAGUCAUGACAGUGGUGUGACUCCUCACCUUCAGCACCUCUAGACAGCUGUCAUGGACUCUGCCAAUACCUCCUCCAUCUGUGACGUCACCUUGGCUUGGUGAGACUCGGGCCAUUAGAUCAGGACGGUCUUGGCCUAACUCCCACCUGACAGGCUACUGCUGCUGCUGCUGUUUUUGUUGGGCAAACCAUGAGGAGAAAUGAUCCACUCUUGGAAUCAAUUCCCCUUUAUUCUUUGUCCAUGCCUUUGUGUAUAUAUUAUAUUAACUUGUACAUUAUUGCUUCACUACCUUGCCAACAAUGUGUUGAGCAAUUGCCAAAAAUUGUAUUAACUCGUGUACUGGGCUAUGUUAGCUCAAGAAACUUGUGUGGCAUUUACAUUGUUUGUAGGAGAAUGAAAGACUACAUAUAAAUCUUCUAGUAUUUCAUGUCAACUACAUGAGCAAAGUUUAUGUUCAAAUAACCUGAAAGAAAAGGCCAAUCGCUUGAAUAUGAAGCGUGCUAUUUGAGAAGGAUGGUAAGACUAAAAUGCUGUUACAGAAAUGUCAUUCUCAAAUAUAAAUAUUUCACAUUCAA